GAAAAAGCAAAAGUCUGUUGGGGCUGGGGUUACAACUGGACGGUUUGAGUUUCAGGGUCCCCUUUUGAUCUCGUUUUAAUAUUUGGGAAACGUCCCAGAAUUUGUAGCCAUUGAUUUCCCAUAAUCUGCAAACUAUAUUUUAACAUUACUGAUACCUCCCUUUAUUCAUUUUUUUGAAAAUGACAAGCAUUAAACCAAGUGAACCGGGACCUGAUAUUAUUCCCGACAUCCUGUGUGAUGCUGCUGGCAAAAAGAGGUACCAAAGAGGAAGAUUUCUCGGCAAGGGUGGUUUUGCCAAAUGCUAUGAGCUAACAGAUCUUGACAAUGGACAAGUGUUUGCUGGAAAAAUCGUCUCCAAACAACUUCUUGUCAAGCCUCACCAAAAAGAUAAAAUGGCUCAGGAAAUUUCUAUUCAUCGUAGUCUGAAACAUGAUCAUGUAGUAGGAUUUCACAGUUUCUUUGAAGAUAAUAACUUUGUAUAUAUAGUGUUGGAACUGUGCAAAAGAAGGAGUCUAAUGGAAUUGCACAAAAGAAGGAAAGCUGUAACUGAACCAGAAGCAAGAUAUUUCAUGCACCAACUUCUAUUGGGUGUAAAAUACCUUCAUGAAAACAAAAUGAUUCACAGGGAUCUCAAGCUUGGGAACUUGUUCCUGAAUGAUAACAUGGAACUUAAAAUUGGAGAUUUUGGUUUAGCAACAAAAUUAGAUUUUAGUGGAGAGAGAAAAAAAACACUUUGUGGUACUCCCAACUAUAUUGCUCCAGAGGUUCUCAACAAAAAAGGCCAUAGCUUUGAAGUUGACAUUUGGUCAAUGGGCUGCAUUUUGUAUACUUUACUUGUUGGUCGUCCACCUUUUGAGACGCAGUCUCUCAAAGAUACAUACAGUAAAAUCAAACGAAAUGAAUAUCAUAUUCCCUCUCGGAUCGGGCCUCUUGCCCGUGCUCUUAUAACUCGAAUGUUACAGGGUGAACCAACCUGCAGGUAUAAUAACUUGAUAUUAGUGUUGUGUAAUUUUAAAGAUUUUCAGAAUUAUCUAUCUAGACCUGCGGUCGAUAUUGUUUUGAAUGACGAAUUCAUGACAUGUGGUUAUAUGCCAACACGCUUGCCUUUAUCAUGCCUCACGAUGGCUCCGAGAUUCGAUGCCAAAUUGAAUAGCAGCAUUAUUGCUGUUCGUCGUCCACUGGGCGAAGUUAACAGAGUCCAUUUACCUGGAACUGCUGAGCAUCCACAAGGAGAUGGAUUGGCGCCUUCCAACGAACCUAACCAUGCUGAGAAUGCCGGAGCCCUCUACACGGCUGGACCUUCUCCUGAGAAACUAUUGCGUGAGCUUCAGCAACAGCUCACCCGCCUCUUCAGUGCAAAACCUGCGGAGAAGUUCCCUCUUAUGAUGGACGAGGCAGAGGAUCCGGGUUCAGUGCCUAUGGUAUGGAUUUCUAAAUGGGUAGAUUAUUCUGACAAAUACGGGUUCGGCUACCAACUCAGCGAUGAUACAAUUGGUGUCAUUUUCAAUGAUUUAACGAAACUUUUGCUGUUGGUUGACGCAAAGACCAUUCAGUACGUCGAACGCAAUGGAAAUGAGUUGUAUUACACUAUGGAUCAACAUCCGCCUACCUUGGGUAAAAAGGUGAAACUGCUCGCAUAUUUCCGCUCUUACAUGCAAGAGCACUUAAUCAAGACUGGUGCAUCCGUUGUUCCACGUGACGGUGAUGAACAUCUUCGGUUGCCUUUCCUACGUCAGUGGUUCCGCACAUCUCGAGCUGUCGUCAUGCACCUAACGAGUGGAACGCUACAGAUUAAUUACUUUAAAGACCACGUUAAAUUGAUCCUCUGUCCACUCAUGGGAGCUGUGACAGUCAUCGACGAGAAGAAAAAUUUCCGUACCUUCAAAUUUUCUUUGCUGGCUGAACACGGUUGCAAUCCUGAUCUCUUAUACAGACUGCAAUACGCACACGAAAAACUGCCAUUUUUACUCUCACCGUUAGUAGAUACUCAGGAAAAGUAGAAAUUUAUCGCUGGCCAACAGUGAUCGUCUUUCGCUUAAUCAAAUUUGCCCCUCGCUGUCUUUUAAUUUAAUUUUUUUUUAGAUGGCCAUUCUUGACUUAAUUACCAUUCAAUUAAGUUACGUGUCUCCUUCAAAUUUUAUAAUAAGUGUGAAAUUACUUAAUCCCAUUUAGGCUUUAAUCCACGAACUUAUCUUUUAUUAUGUCGCCCUUAAUUUCGAACUUGAAGUUAACAAGCAGUGUUACUACUUCAUCUCAUUUACGAAAUUGUGAUGUAUUUUGAUUUGUUCGUCUCAAGUACAUGCCUACCUCGGAUUGAAUAUGAAGUGUGAAAUUACAAUACCCUGAUGCCCCCUCCCUUGCCUUUAUCUUAACUUCUGUCUUCCUCUUGUACGUCUGGCAAUUCGCGAUUUAUAGAAUUACACUACAUCAUCACCCCUU